UUUAACGGACCGUUCUGAUUCAUCCGCGGUUCCGUCGCAGCAACUCCAGUGUCGCCUAAAAACCCUAACGAGCGGCAAGUCCUUAAACCUCGUUCUGAGACUUUCCUCCGCCGUCUCUCUCCGCGGCCGGGGUUCCUUCAGGAAAAGUGGUGAAGUCAUCUGAAGGUGAAAAAGAUGGUUCUGAAGACAGAACUUUGCCGUUUUAGUGGUGGUAAGAUAUAUCCAGGAAAGGGUAUCAGAUUUGUUCGAUCUGACUCCCAGGUUUUUCUUUUUGCCAACUCAAAAUGUAAGCGCUACUUCCACAACCGUCUGAAACCUGCGAAGCUUACCUGGACAGCUAUGUACAGGAAGCAACACAAGAAGGACCUUCAUGCUGAAACUAUUAAAAAGAGACGUCGUACAACAAAGAAGCCAUAUUCCAGAUCAAUUGUUGGUGCUACCCUGGAAGUUAUUCAGAAGAGGAGAACUGAGAAAUCUGAGGUUCGCGAUGCUGCCAGAGAAGCAGCUCUUCGGGAGAUUAAGGAGCGUAUAAAGAAGACCAAGGAUGAAAAGAAAGCUAAGAAGGCAGAACUGAUGGCUAAAACCCAGAAGAUCCAGACAAAGGGCGGUAGCAUGGCUAAGGCUUCUAAAGGCCCAAAGCUUGGUGGUGGUGGUGGGAAGCGAUGAAGUUCGCAACUUUGCUUGGAGUUUGCAAAACUAACUCAAAUUGAUUUUUCUUCUCAAUCCCAUGAGAAACAUGAUUGAGACACUUUGUUUUGUUGCUAUUUCAUUGCCUACAAUUUUCGUCCAUACUAGUGAUUUUUUCUGCAAAGCAGCAGGGGCUGGUUGAGCCAUUAGGCUGAUGAGGGAUUUGGCUGUUGAUAUUAAUUUGUCCUGUAGUUCGUACUACACAUUUAUUUCCUUCAGAAUUGAUGUUGCUGAAUGGAGUAACAUCUUGGCUACA